AUGGAUGAGAGGGGGGCUAUAGAUACGUUACUGGCAGCGAGUAAAUAGGAGAGAUUAUUGAUGCUUUACGGACAGAGUAUGUAGGGGAGGGGAGAUUAUAUAUAGGUGCUUUACAGAAAGACAGAAUUGAGGGGAGAUUAUAGGUGCUUUUCAGGGUCACUUUGGGGAGAGGGGAUAUUGCAUAUAUUGUACAUAUGGAGAAUAUGGAAGUGCAAUUGUAUAUGCUUUAUUGGGAGAGAGCAUGGAGGGUUAUAAGGGGUGAGUAUUUAGGAGAGGGGAAUUUAUAUAUGCUUUACAGUCUUCGGUUGGGUUGACAGAUCCAGAGAAUUUUACUGGACACACAUCACUUAAAAGUACCACCUUGUAAAUUAAAAAGAGUCCAGAUCCCGGACACAUUGAUCCUUUCUCGUCCCAUGUGCGGGACGGACAGUAAUUCAUUUUUGUGUUUUCAUACUUGGGUGGGAUAGGCACGGGCUUCUUUGUGGAGUAGAUAGGUUGCCAGAUAGCUACCCAAUUGGAGAGUGGAGCAGCCACUGUUGUCUUGCUAGAUUACAAGUUACAGGAUGCCUUUGGCGUUCUCUUAUGUGGAUAUGCAUGCUAUAUUGCUUCAUGCUGGACAUUGGAGUUAGUCUGGCCGAAACUCCUAACUUCACCAGAGCAGAUUAGGUAGUCUGUACACAGCUGUGGAAUGCAAUGUAAAGUUAUGUGUACCAACACAGGUAUGCCUUAAAGAAACAUUUUAAUGUUAGGAAUACAAAGACAGGGGGCAUGGGAAUUUUUUUUAACUUGCCUACAUGUGUAACAUGCGACUACAAUCUUCUUACAUAAGGUCUUCUUCAGCUCCUGGCUUUUCAUCCGUCAGAAGCCGACUUCAAUGCUGUACUCUCGUGCAUGCGCAACAGCACUACACUGACGUGUAUGGAGGAGACCGUGGGAUUUUAACGCCCAUUUCAUAAAGAUUUUCUUUACCAAAUGCUUGUUCUGGGGUCUAGUGAUAGAGCCAUUUUAAAAGGAAACUGUAGGCACUGUAACUGUUUCAUCUUAUUGAAGUGAUUAUACUUUUAGAAGUCCCCUGGACUUUCCAUGCAGUGUUUAUUUUUUGUUGUUGUCAAUCUUUGGGGUUUUUUUUUUUUUUUUUUUUGAAGCAAUGUGAAUACUUUACAGAAAGGAAGAAAAAGAGAGAUAUGUGUCAGCAUAAAUGUACAUAUAUACAGUAAACAAUAACAUCGAUGCAUUCUCUGAGUGUCUGCUUCAUUUUAUGUUUUUAAAGGAUGUAGUAUAAACUUGCGAAAAACACAAUAAAUCAGGCUAGAUAAUAGUGAGCUUACUACAUUAACUGAUACAAACAUAAAAACUAGGUGUUGCAGGCUAGAAAUGUUUUAGUGCGAUAUACUCGCUUAACCCCUUAAGGACACAUGACGUGUGACAUGUCAUGAUUCCCUUUUAUUCCAGAAGUUUGGUCCUUAAGGGGUUAAAGGGACGCUCCAGGCACCCAGACCACUUCUGCCUAUUGGAGUGGUUUGGGUGCCAACUCCCACUACCCUUAACCCUGCAGGUGUAAUUAUUGCGUUUUUUAUAAACUGCAAUAAUUACCUUGCAGGGUUAAGUUCUCCUCUAGUGGCUGUCUAUCAGACAGCCACUAGAGGGACUUCUGUGUUCUUAGAAAACAAAAAGUGUUUUAAGCGACGCUGGACGUCCUCGCGCUAUGUGAGGACCUCCAGCGUCGCUGAACUCCCCAUAGAACGCUUUCCUAUGGGGAGGUCUAAUGCACGUGCGCGGCCAUUGCACAUUAGGUCUCCUCCGGCAGGGGUGGAGAGUAGGCGGAGCCUGAUCCAGCGCCGAGGGAUAUCGCUGCUGGACUCUGGUAAGUCGCUGAAGGUGUUUUAACCCCUUCAGCAACUUGGGUGGGAGGGAGAGGGGUAAUAUUUUUUCCUGGCACUGGAGAGUCCAUUUAAACUUCACGCUAAAGGCAGGUGAGAAAAUAAGGCAUACUGACACUAGUAUAAGGAGGUGCGAACUAGGUAUCGCACUGUUUAGACAGCUCCUAGACAUUUCUGCCUUAUUUGUGUUAAUAAGUAAGAUAUAAACAUGCUAAUUUUCGAUGUUGAAAAAUAUACAAUUACCCUACACGGCAUAACAAUAGGUACAUGAACUGACACGGAAGUAUGUAGUUUGUAUGCUUAUUUGGUACAUGGCAAUGGGGGAUGAAUGCGUACAAGGACACUGCACCCUUUUAGUCUAGUGUGGGUAAGAGAGUAUGCCAGUAUGUGCUGCCUGUUGGUAUAUGACCUGGUUAGGUGUUGGCUGGUGUACCCUGAGAGCUGUGUAUGAGGUGUUAACCUAGUCUAUGGUAAUGCUUAUUUUUCACAGGACUAAGAAACCUGAGACAGUCAGCGCUAGUUAAGUGCAGUGUCAGAUUUAAAGCUAGAUAUGUUGAGAAUACCGGGGCAUAGAACUUCCCCACAAGCUGCAUUAGCGGCUUGUGGGGAACCCUGGCAGCGUAAUCGACUUGUUCUCACGUUGUGUGUACAUGUGUGGGCUAUGUCGAAACCAGAUGUUAAAAUUUAGAUGCAGGAUUGUGUCUGUAUUUUGUGCAAUUGUCAGGUAGUCUCUAGUCCCGGAUCCAAAGAGUCAGCUUUAUAGGUAAGAUAGUGAUGCAGUGGGAAAUAGUUCUCAUACAAUUCGGGUGUAGUCCCCAAGUUGCCUAAAGCACACAUUUGGGAGCGUUGGUUGGGGGUGUUCCGGGAGCCUUGAAUGGCCACUGAGGGAUGGUACGUUGCGGGUGUGGGGUGACCGCUCUUCUGAUGAAGGCCAGCACCAUUAGUCCACAGACUUGGUACCUUGGGGAGGCCGGGUUUUCCCUUUGUCGGGUGCCUUUGUAGGCGCAAAUGUUCUGCUGCCGUCUGCAGUGGUCGGGCCUCCUGCCAUGUGGUCAGUAUCGCAGAGACUGUCUCCAUUUGGUCUUUGGCCCAGGUCGGCUUACAGGACAAUUAGUAGUAGCGGUUAGGCGCAGUGUACCUGAGGGAGGCCCCCUCUACCUCCGGUCCCCCCCAACCGUUCCACCUCUUCCUCCGGUUCAGGUUGUGCUUGCCUGAUGCGGUUCUCUAGUCGCUCCCAAAAUCGGUUAAAGAUUUUGUCCAGUUGCAUAAAAUAGUGUGCCGUCGGCUCCUGAAUCUGGCCUCCAGGCUGUGCUUGAGUAGGUGAGGUUCGUUGGGUUGCGUCUGUCCCUUACCUCCAAAAAGCGCUCUCAUGGUGGGUUGCAAAGUGGUUUAAAACACCGGACCAAGUUGUCCGGGCAACCGCAAGGUCACCUCAUACCAAAAACAGUUUCAUAACAUCCGUGGCUAAGUACCGCUGAGGUGACCGGGAACCAUGAAUUCCUGAUGCCGAAAUUAGUGCAAUAGUGGUCGCGACUAAGUACUGCUGAGCACCAUUCAUGGGUUUGUUCAUGCGAAGAGCCGCUAAGGAGCUAUCGUUCGGUUCCAUUCGAAUGAAGAGAAAGUGCUGAACCAGCACAGAGGGAAAGCUGCUAAUGGCGGCUGGCAGGGUAACUCCCGAACGGGGUCUCUGACCUGGACCAUAGCCGGUGGGCAGGAGGCCAGCUUCCACACUCCUCUAGGAAUUUGUGGCAAACGUUCAUGUGAAGAAGCGUUUGUCACAAUGGGGUAUCUCCUUUCUCCACCAAUAGUGUACAACAAAUUAAUAAUAAAUAAACCCAUAACUCCACAAAAUAAACAUGUAAAUUAGAUCUCACAGCCCUACGUGUUUCGUUCAGUUUGCUUGUAACUGCUUUAGAGGAAGUCCGUUUAUGUCUCUGUUAGGAAAGCAGCAUUUUUUCAGAUUUGCAGUCUGUCGGCAUUAAAAUCCACUGGGUACUUCCAUGGGCCACCAUCAACCAAUCUGCUUGAGUCUGUUUGCCUGUAAGUGAUUUCCUCUGUUGCAAUUCAUUUUUGCAUCGCAUUGUCAUUCACCGUGCAUUUCAACAUUGGUUCGCACCUUUAUUUCAGCUUUCCAUUUGCAUGCCACCGAGUCAGAACCCUUAAAACUAAAGUCCUUCAGAAAUGCAAAAAUAACAUGAUCCCUAUCAUGUUAUUGAGAUGAGAAUAAACCAAUCUUAAAAAUAAAUAUAAAAACUAAUUUCAGAAACCCUAUAUAUAAAAACGGGGGGUGCUAGAGUUCAAGUAUCAUAAGAAAUUUUCAAAAAUAAGUUCCAAAAGUUGCCAAAAAUGUAAACUAAAAGUUAUACCCAUCCACGACCCGUUUUCAAUGCACUGGCUGAGGGAAGAAGGUUCUCACCCAAGAUUUCACGGUACAUGGCCCCGUCCAUCGUCCCUUUGAUGCGGUGCAGUUGUUCUGUCCCCUUAGCAGAAAAACACCCCCAAAGCAUAAUGGAUCCACCUCCAUGUUUGACGGUGGGGAUGGUGUUCUUGGGGUCAUAGGCAGCAUUCCUUCUCCUCCAAACACAGUGAGUUGAUGCAAAAGAGCUUGAUUUUGGUCUCAUCUGACCACAGCACUUUUUCAACCAGUUCUCCUCUGAAUCAUUCAGAUGUUCAUUGGCAAACUUCAGACGGGCCUGUACGUUUGCUUUCUUGAGCAGGGGGACCUUGCGGGUGCUGCAGGAUUUCAGUCCUUCAUGGCAUAGUGUGUUACCAAUUGUUUUCUUUAUGACUAUGGUCCCAGCUGCCUUGGGCUGAUUCCUCACCGUCAUAGUCUUGUAUUCCAUCCUUGUGCAGGUCUCCAUCCAUUCCAUCCUUGUGUAGGUCUACAAUCUUGUCCGACAUCCUUGGACAGCUCUUUGGUCUUGGCCAUGGUGGAGAGUUUGCAAUCUGAUUACUUCUGUAGACAGCUAAGAUUAGGAGCACUCCCUUUAAGAGAGUGCUCCUAAUCUCAGCUCGUUACCUGUAUAAAAGACACAUGGGAGCCAGAAAUCUUGCUGAUUGAUAGGGGAUCAAAUACUUAUUUCACUCAUUGACAUGCAAAUCAAUUUUUAACUUUUUUGACAUGUGUUUUUCUGGAAAAAUUUUUUUGUAAUUCUGUCUCUCACGGUUAAAAUACACCUACCAUUAAACUGGUCAUUUCAUUGUCAGUGGACAAAUGUUCAAAAUCAGCAGGGGAUCAAAUACUCCAAUACUCAAAUACUGUAUUCCAAAUGAGUACCAUUCCAUCCUAAAAGAUGGAAGCUUGAGGUAAGAAAAGAGAAAAACAAAAGCCUAUUUAUUUUUUAUGUCCUAAACGAUUUUCAUAUCUUUAUAUAAUCUUUUCAUGUGUUUUAUGCGUGAUACUCUAUGCACCAAAACGACAUUUGUAUGAUCGAGUAAUUUUGGUUCUUAUAGUAUACCUUUUUUUUUUUGUUCGUAAUUCACAAGGUGCACUGUUAAAAAUGAUUGAAGGCAAAGAAUGGCAAAGGCUUAGGCAUACGAUCUAUCGGUUGCUACAAUAAAUGUGUCCAUUCCCUUGCAAACUGGUUUUUAAGACUGUUAUAUGAUGGUAUAUCAAUGAGGCUAUAGUGUUGAAUUGGUUGGGGAUGGGGAAGGGGGGGAUCUGUCUGGUCGGCUGACCUAUUUGUGUGAGAGUGAUGAAUGGUCUUAAUGUGUGUUAGUAAGCCGUGGUAUCCUUGAAAGCCCAAUUAUGGUGUACAACUACGGAACGUAAAGAUAAAACCGUUAAACUAGACAUAAAGCAGAGUUCGUAGGUCAGCUUCAGAUGGUAACCUUGUAUCGGCUGCUUCGAGACAAAGGUGGGCACUUUGGUCGGCUCCCACCGGUGGAUUAUUGAUGCCGCCUUCCUGGUUAGCUCUGUUGCAAGAGUCUUGUGGGAGCCCCAAUGCCUCCAAAAGAACCAAUGCUUCGGUCAUGUUGUGGACUGUGUGCUGAGAGUCUCUCUGAGCUACCGUUAGUGUAUGAUUGAGAUGCCACCGGUAUUGGAGGUCUUGAUGCCUGAGGAGGGUUGUGAGCGACCUCAGGGACUACCUCCAGGCCAUUGUGCUUCCUGAGAGGUCGUUGUAGAACGUGCCUGUCCUUGGAAGGUAUAGGGAGUUUUCACACAGACCGCAGCCAGUACCAUUGCUUUUGUCCUUGGGAUUAUGCAGUUGGAUCAUCACAUCCCUUCGGACCUUCGCAGGGGCUCUCUUUGGCUUGGAGGUGUUAAAGCAGCCUCUAGACUCACCGCUUUAGCCUGGCGUGGUGGUAGCAGGGUUCCCAGUAGGCGCCUCAACAUGUGUGAUAACUCUGCUGUUGGCACUGCCUCUGAAAUGCCCCGGAUCUUGAUGUGCGAUUUGCUCCUUGGGGUAGCUGUGCCGUUCUGGCAGGCGGGAGCAGAUCUUCAUCCCCCAUGGACAGAUCGUCUGACAGGGCAGAGUAAGUCUCCGGGUAGUCGGCCAUCUUGGGCCUAGUUGGGCCCUGCGCCUGCCGCAGGAGAUCACUAUUGUUGAGGCCCAUGCAGGGCUUAUCUGGUUUUUGGUCUUUGGGCUCAUAGUUGCUCCGUCUCCCUUUGCUUACAAUUUGGCUGCUCUAGGCGGGUUGUAUUGCGUGAAAUGAGGGUAUAAAUCGCCGUUUUGCUUGGAGUUCAGCUUAAGUGCAACCAGUCAGCUCUGCAGCGAUACUCCGCCCCCAGAGUAUCCAUUUCUAAGUAAUUAUGUACAUUGAUAUUCCGUAUUUAACCCCUUAAGGAAGGAGGCAGUUGUACAAGUUGUGAUCUAAACAAAACCUCGAAUUUGCGCUAUGUCUGUUCAGGCGUAACCGUUUUUAAACACUAACAUUUGUGUUCAGCGAAGUCUCCCGAGCAAAACAGUACCCCCCCGUUUACAGGUUUUAUGGUGUCCUGGAAAGUUACAGGGUUAAAUAUAGGGUUUGCGAGCCAAAUUCUCUGGACUUUCUGCCUGGGUUGUCAGGCAUGUCCCACAGAUUGUAAUUAAUAAAAUUACUUAAUUAUGUAAAAAUAUUAUAUAAAUAUAUUUGUAGAAUUUGUGUGUGUGUGUAUAUGUAUAUAUGUGUGUGUAUUUUUAUAACGUCAUUCUAAAUGUAUUUUAUAUAUAUAUAUAUAUAUAUAUAUAUAUAUAUAUAUAUAUAUAUAUAUAUAUAUAUAUAUAUAUAUAUAUAUAUGGUCCUAUAUAUUAUCAAAAUACAGUUAGAACAAAUUACAACUAAAGUAUAUAAUUUAUUUUUUAGAAUUUUUGUAUUUUUUUCAAUUUGAUUAUUUUUAAUAUAUUUAAAAAUAAACGUCAUUCUAAGUGUAGUUUAAUAUAAAUAUAUAAUCUAAGUACUUUUUAUUUAAUUUAAAAACUCUAACUUUUUUUUUUUUUUUUUUUUACUUUUGAAAACUUUUUUUUACAGGCAUGAGGGGGACUGCCUGAUAGUUCUGUCUGAGCUGCCAGGCAGACCCCAGGAUUGCGACCGCCGGUGUGGGAUCGGCGGGGACGUUCUUUGCCGCCCGUCAGCGUUUAGGACUGCUCCAAAAAAGGACGGCAUAGAACACCCGCCGUCCUUAAGGGGUUAAAGGAACUCUAUAGUAAAUACGGCUCUUUAUUCCAAACACUAUAGAGUCCUUCUCCAUGAGAGGACAUCCAGCAUCAUUUCAGUGAGUCAAACUCCAUGAAACUGCAGGAAGCACCUCUACUGGCUGUCUGGCAGACAGCCACUAAUGGCAGUCUUAACCCCGCAAUGUAAAUAUUGCUGUUUCUCUAAAACUACAAAGUUUUACAUUGAAGUGGUCUGGGUGCAGUGUCCCUGUCCCCCUUAGACCUGCAAUGAUAUGAAGUGGUCUGGGUGCCUAUAGUGUCCCUGUAAAUACCAUCAUAAACGUGUCCUUUUAAAUUAGGGAUUUCCAGUUUGUCUUUGGAAUAUUGUUGUCUUAUUGUGUUCCUUUAAAUGGAUACAACUUUUAAUCUUUGUUUUGGAAAUGGACUAUAUGCACUUGCCGAUGUAAUCUAUCUGGGUCCUCAUUGUUUAUCUAUAUUUUACAUGUAGAAUCUAGCUUAAUUAGGAACUGCUGGCAUUGUGCACCGCUGUGUCUUGUAACUGGUUUAUUUUUAUGUCCGGUUUUAUUAAUCCCUUUUUUUGUUUUUUUUAAUUCUCCAGGAAAGUGAGGAUGGCAUUGAAGGAGAUGGUGAGUUCCAGUUCUUCUAUGGUUAUUUUAUUUUUAUUUUUUUUAACAUAUAAAUUCACUUUUGUUGUCUUAACCUCUUAAGAACCAACUGGCUAUCCUAGACUGUCAUCUAGGAUCCUAUUCCAAAGUGGAAUGUCCUACUAAUUCAUUAAAAACAGGCCUCUUGUACAGCUGCCAUUGCAUAAUGAGGAAAAUCCAUACAAAUGUAAGGUAUUUUGGUACCUGACUGCUGUUUGAUUUAAAAAAAAAAAAAUUACAAAAAAAAUUGGUCUUCGGUGAGUUAAACCAUAUUAACAUGUGUUUAUAUGAUAUAUAUACACCAUUAUAUUCUGCUAUAGUGUUACGAUAUUGUGCUAGUCCCUAUAAGAUGACUUUAACCCCUUAAGGACCAAACUUCUGGAAUAAAAGGGAAUCACGUCAUGUGUCUUUAAGGGAUUAAAGGUUGCGUUACCGCUUUGGGGACGUAGUUGUAAGUUUUACAGGCCUUAUAAUAGGAAGUAAAAUGGAUGCAUUAGAUUCAUUAAUGCACAUAGCAUUUUUCUCUGCCUGCAAUUUAGUGCCUCCAUAAAUAUUUUUCAUAAAUUGAAGAUGAUGUUUCUGUAUGGUAAACGACUCCAGUUAGUUUGACUUUUUUAGAAUAAAGGAAGAAGUGCUUUGGAUUGUAGAAUGUAGGUGUAGGAACUGGGUAAGGAUUUGCUUUGAAUUAAAAUAGUCUUUGGUUAGUUUUCGUGUCUGUAUCAAAAAAUGUAUAUUGAUCAGAAAAGUCUUUUCCUUUGCACUGGGAGAAAAUACUUGCCUCUUUUCCAGUACUAAGGCUCUUUUGGUGCUCCUGCCCUCUCCACCUCCCUUAGGAGGUGUCACUCUCUAGCUGAUGAUCCAGUGCUCUUCGUAGAGACGUAUUGGGUUUUAAUGUGCAUGCAUGAACGUUGCACACACAUCCAACCAAAUUCUUCUGAUCGGAAAGCAUUGAAUUCAAUGAUUUCCUAUUAACUGCAUUUUGUUACAGGGCUGAAUUUCAGUCUGUUGUAGAGGAAGCGCCUCUAGUGGUUGUCAGGAAGAUUGCCACUGGAGGAGUGUUUCACCCUGCAAGGUAAGCGUUGCUGGGUUAACCCCACAUGGCCAUUGCACCCACACCACUUCAUUGAGAUGGGCUGGUUGCAAUAUUCUGUAAGGGAUAUAAUGCUCUCUUAUAGUGAUAAAAUACUGUAUCAUACUGUAAAAAAACGAGAGCAAUGUGUGCUGGUUACAAAUCACACUAUAAAAAAAACUCAAGACAGAUUGCUGUUAUCCACAUAGGAAUUCAAAGAAUCUUCUUAUAAAGAUGGUAAAUACACAAUAAAACCGAAUAACUGUGUAGUGUAAAAAAUAAAUAAAAUAGAAAUAUAUGACUUUAAAGGUCUUCCUUUGCAGAACGAGUUCAGAUAAGACCACUCACUCCGUAAAGGCGAAACAUGCACUAGCAGCAAGAGGGAAUAGCAGAAAACAUUGAGGCAUGAAAACCUUGUUUCCAAGGAUACGGCAGUCUGAAGCUUAGUUUUGUAUGUAAUCUGUCAGCAGUCAGGGGAAAAAGCAAUCCAUGUUUAAUUAGUUAAAGGGCUCUUCUCGCAUCUCAAAAGCAUUUUAUUUAUUUUUUUAUUUUUCAUGGGGUUCUUCCAAUCCCAUAAUAACGUCCGCAUUUUGAAUAGGUUAUGGUGCAGCCAGGUCCUCUCUCCCCGCGGGCCCUCAGUGAUUUAUAAGUGCAGUGAUCUGGAAAAUCUCUGCAGUUGUAAGCAUGCCUCUGCAGCAUCUGAUGUCAGAGAAGGAAGGAGGCUGUAUUUCCUACUCUGCUCGUCCCAAUAUUUGUAAGGCGCAAGCACCAUGUACACUUUGUACUGCUUUCACGUUUCCCGGACGGGCACCGUCCCAUUUUUACAGUGAAUCAACCUGAACACUGAUUGGCGCAGCUUUUCUCACAAUGCGGCUCUGCCAUUUUUCAGCUUUUCAUAAGGAUGGGCUGUAUGGAAAGCUGUUUUUGACUGUGAAUUUCUUGUCCAUCUUUGGCAAAACAGUUUCUGCCACUAUUUCCCAUCAGUCACCACAAAGGCUGAUAGGAGCAGGCAUUACAUUAUAAAAUACCCAUUAUAAGCUUAUUAACAUUUAUUGCGCAUGUGUGAUACACUGUGACAUUGUUUUAUAUGCUUACACAUGUGCAAAAGUGAUAUAGUGCCAACAGCUCUUGGAAAAUGAAGAGGCAUGGCAGGGUGCCAAGGAAGCACCGUUUAGCCCAGUUCACCCAAGUGAACAUAUAAUCUUGGAAAGUCCUCACAAAAUUGACAGUGACACUUUAAAGGAGCUCUUGAUAAAGCUGAUGGCAGCCUCCGUUUAACUGCUAUCCACUUGGGCAUCGGUUCUGUUCAUUCUAUGUGAUGAAUUGGGUUGCUCUCAAAUUCUUAAUUAAAUCUCCAUAACCUCCUGGUUUAUGAGAUAGGUUCUGAGUGUGUUGUACAGAAAGAGAGCCUUUUGGGCUGAACCAGCUCUUUAUACCGCAAAAGCUGAAGAUCUAGCAAGUAUAGGAAGCCUUAACGUUUAACCCCUGGAGGCAACUGAACCAAAACAAAACCUGGAAUUUGAGCUAUGUGUCUGUUCAACCAUAAUUUAUGUUUUUUUAUAGUGUAUACAAUUUUGUUUAGUAGAAAUGGGGCUUUUAUAGGGCUUUCAAGUUGUAAUAAAAACAAUUUAAGACCUCCCCUUUUUUUUUUUUUUUUCCAUGACAUUUUAACUCUGUCUUAAUACGGUAAGAUUUUACUGCAAUAAAACACACAUCUUGUAUGCUGUCCACGAGUACAACAAUGCCCCUUUGUACAGGUUUAAUGGUGUUUUGGAAAAUUACAGGGUUCCCCUUUUCAGUUUUUACACGUUGAAAUUUAACAGAUUGGCUUGCAGGGCCUAUGUGGCAUUUGAGACCAUAUGGCAGCCCAGGAAUGAAAAUUAAGCCCCUUAUAGCAUACUAUUUGAAAAAGUAGACGACCCAGGGUAUUCAAAAUGCAAGGGCACUGACGUUCAGAUUUGUAAUGUCAAAUACAUUGCCUAGUUUAAAGGACCACUAUAGGCACCCAGACCACUUCAGCUUAAUUAAGUGUUCUGGGUGCCAGGUCCCUCUAGGAUUAACCCUGCCUGCUGUUAACAUAGCAGUUUCAGAGAAACUGCUAUGUUUACUUUGGGGUUAAUCCAGUCUCUAGUUGCUGUCUCAUUGACAGCCGCUAGAGGCGCUUCCGCGCUUCUCACUGUGAUUUUCACAGUGAGAAGACGCCAGCGUCCAUAGGAAAGCAUUGAGAAGCCGAUGACAUCAGAAGAGGGAGCAGAGUCCUCAGCACCGAGAGAGCCCGGCGCUGGAGAAAGGUGAGUGUUAAACCCCCCUUCCUCCCCUUUCAGCCUGGCGGGAAGUGGGACCCUGAGGGUGGGGGCACCCUCGGGGCACUAUAGUGCCAGGAAAACAAAUUUGUUUUCCUGGCACUAUAGUGGUCCUUUAACAUACAUGCUCAUAGUAGUCCAGAUGUUGCAAAAACACAUACCGAGUCUCAACCCUGAAUCCCUUUCUGUAUUUAUGUAUUUGAACAAAAAAAUAAUGUAUUUAAUAGGGUUAAUAGGCAAGAAUGUCUACAUUCAUAUUAUAAAAGCUUUUCAGUUCUGUUAAUUUGUAACCAGGAGCAGUAGUGCUAAUAUCUUAAUCACAUUAAAGGGUAACUACAGUGCCAGGAAGAAAAACUCGUUUUCCUGGCACUAUAACUUCCCCCUUUGUCAAGGCCCACCCCUGUGGUGCGGUUAAUAAACUCUUUUGUCACUUACCUGGUGCAGCGCUGAUGUCUCUCGGCGCUGGCUCAGCUCCACCGGCGGGGGAGACCUAAUGUGCAUGCGUGGCAGCAUUAUUCAAUGCUUUCCUAUAGGGAUUCCGGGGACGCUGGAAGUCUUCAUGCAUAGCGUGAGGACAUCAAGCGUUGUUUAGUCGACCAAAAGUCGCAUUCAAGCUCGGAAGUUCCUCUAGUGGCUGUCUGGUAGACAGCCACUAGAGGAGGAGUUAACCCUAGCAGCUAAUUAUUGCCGUUUAUAAAAACGGCAAUAAUUACCACUCUAGGGUUAGGGGUGAUGGAAGUUUGCACCCAGACCACUUCAAUGAGCUGAAGUGCUCUGGGUGCAUACGGUGUCCCUUUAAAUAUGGUUUGUUUGUGUUUUGGUUUUUUUCUCCCCACAAGAAAACCCCCAAAUAUUGUUAAUUCUGUGAAUACAUCCUUCUUUGAGUGUGUUAAAGCAAUCCAUUUGCCCAUUACCAUAUUUCUUUCUUUAUUUCAUUCCACAGUGUGUUCCUAUACCGUGCACACAACCCAUAACGGGGUUUACAGUUUAUUAGUGCCAGAUAAUUUUCUUUAGUUUAGAGGGAGACUGCCAAUGUAGAUAUUCCCUGUGUGCCUUCUCUUAUACAAUGUGUUGUGAUAUGUAGGUAUCAUGUUAGGUUCUCUCUGCUUUGUAUGUAGCCAUUUCCUUGUGUUUAUUUUCGUAUGUUUUUGUUUUUCUCCCAGCUGUUUUGUCAGACUAUGAGAGUGCAGAAGAAUCUGAAGUAAGUAGACUGUGCUUGAUGUCAUAAAUGUGCAUCCAGUAAUUGUCUAAUAUUUACACAUGGACGUAGUGCUGUAUUUAGUCACUAACCAGCAAGCUGACAACAGAAUUGUGCUCUGUGAAUAGCAUAUUUAGUGGAAACCUAUCUAUAGUAGACAUCUGACAAAUGGACUACAGCUCCCUGAAGCCUCCUGCUUCUACCCACAAUGUCACUGCAGUAAACUUCACCUUGCAUUGUAACUGGUUUGACUAUUCACUGUUUAGUGAAUAAACCCUUAUAAGGUUAAAGGAGGACGGUCAACAUAAUUUUAUUACUGAGGGGGGCACCCCCUGCCCCUCCCCUCCUUAAGAAAAGUUAUUUUAGUAGACUGUUUUUAAAGCCAGAUUUCUGGUGGAGGCUACCUUUACAUGUUUAUUCGAUGUAUAGAAGAGAAUAUCAGAUAAAAGUGAUCCUAGUCCAAUCGUAAGCAUUAAAAACUAGUGUAACAGAUAUCAUAAACAUGGAUGGAGGAAUCCAAUAAAUAUCUGAAUUUUAAGUAUAUCAAUUGGCAAAUAAUGCAGUACUGUGCUUAUUUGAUACUGGGCUUUAUGGAGUGUUUAUUCCACCAAAGUGUAUCUGACAAUGUUUGGACACCCACUGGGCUCUUUCAUGGCUUGACAGUGGGAGUCAAAAUGUUGCCUGAUACAGUUUGAUGGAAUAAAUCCUUCAUAAAGCCAAUAUUGGUGUUGCGGCGCUAAUGCUAUAUAAACUGGAUUUUGAGAAAAAACAUCUUCGCUAUGUGCCUGUGCUAUUCUAUGAAAUAAUGCAGGACAUGGGAAAAUAGAUAUACUUAGCUGAAACCCAUGUAGCUAAUUGACAUUUUCUCCCAGAAACUGACGUCACUAUAGUACUCUUGUGCAUGCAUAAGCAUACAAAACAAGGGUCUAUGGAUGUUCAAUCAAGAGCAGAGGUGUUUACCUUGAUAAUCUGUACAGUGAGAUGCCAUGUGCGUCUAUUUUGCAUCACGCAAGAAAAUGCUUGCUCUCUCCAAAUGUUACUACUGAUUGCUUAUCUGAAAUACCAGGAUGUAGUGGGGGGCGGGGGGGCUCAACUGAUUGCCACAUUAUGCUAAAAAUCGCCACUUAUAUGAACCAGAUGUUCCUUUAAUUGGUUUUGUGUAUAUCUUUUUAUUGUAUUUACAUUUUCCAUGAAAUUGCAGUGCAAAAAUCACAAGUAACAGUGCAGCUUUAACAUUAUUCUCUCCCCAAACAUCAGGAAGAGGAGGAGGUGGUGGCGGCUUGCUUCAGUGAGGAGGAGCCCCUAAAGACAUCACUGAAACAGGAAGCCAACACUGCGGAGACAACUCCAGCCCCAAAAGAGGAGAAAUCCAAGACAAAGGAAGGAGUAACAGGGGAGCGGCAGAGUGGGGAUGGACAGGUAUACAAGUUAUCAGGUCCGGAGUGACUCCAUGAAAAAAACUGGAACUCACAGCAGGGAUAAUGAAAUGGUGUACAGUGUCUGUUAAAUACUUCCACUCAUCAAAAAAUGAGUUUUUGUGCUCAUCGCUCCGUUAUUUGAAGUGGUCAUUGCGGUAGGAAUAUGUAUAUUCAGUUUGAAACACUGCACAUACUGAGGGGCUAGUUGCACCCCUGGCACACGUAACAUUAGCAGCCUAGAACUCCUCCUGUCUGUCAAUGUCUGUUCUGUACAUAUUUUCUGUGAACGCUGCCUGCUGACAGCAGUCGUAGAAAGCUUCCCUUGCAGGCAGAGCGUCGAAGCCAGCUUUCCCCUCCUGCCUUGUGUGCGCUCUCUCCCACCUCCCUCAGUUUCACAUUUGUUAGCUUUUAAAUAUAAAACCUUCUUACUCCUUCCCUUCCUUUGAUUACAGACAUAAUGCAUUUAAAAGUAAAGAAAAUCUGAAUAAAACAAACUACUCAUGAAAUUACCUCUUCUGCUCAGACCAGCCGCCUGUACCCACAGUCAUCUAAUAGGUGGGAAAUCCCGGCCUACCUCUUGGCUAACAUUGACUUCAUGGGUCUUUACAGGUCUUAAUAUCAAGGGAAUGUCAUGGAUAAGGGUAGAUGGAAGGCUCUUUACCAAGACCAAAAAUAACAAUAUGGUUAACUGUACUUUGUCACAGGAAAGCACGGAGCCAGAUGAAAAUAAGAGCUCCAGAAAAUCCCAAAAGAAACUGGAUGAUGAUGAAGACCGGAAGAAUCCUGCAUACAUCCCUCGGAAGGGCCUUUUUUUCGAACAUGAUCUGCGUGGACACACUCAUGAUGAGGAAGUUAGGUAAGAUGGGAGAGAAGCAUCCACUGAGGUGAAAAUUAAGUUUUUUUUUGUUUUUGUUUUUUUUCUGUUAAGUGGUUUGGCAGAUAGCAUUCGUAGGCGAUAUGUUCUGCAUUUAAUUAUCAGUGCGCAGCCUGCUCUGAUCCUUAUAAUUAUUUUAUACAUAAUGCUGUACCCACCUUUUAUAUUGUCAUCAGACCGAAGGGUCGACACCCUCGCAAGCUGUGGAAAGACGAGGGCCGGUGGGAACAUGACCGCUUCCGGGAGGACGAACAAGCCCCUAAGUCACGCGAGGAGCUUGUUGCCUUGUAUGGCUACGACAUUCGAUCCUGCAAAAACCCUGAAGAGAUUCGUCCGCGGCGGCCAAGGAAACCCAGGUAAGCUGGAGACCCAGAGUCAGUUCAUGCCAUGUUUGGCUAAAAGAAGUUGAUAGAAAAUUGUUUUGCUGCUUAGAGAACUAACAGGGGGACUUGGCACCCAGACCACUUAAUUGAGCUGAAGUGGUCUGGGUGCCUAUAGUGGUCCUUUAACUAUAAUCGCACAGUAGACUGGGCAGGCUGGUGGUUGAGCUAGGCCUCUGCUAAGGUUAAUGCAGUGGACAGGUUGCUGACCUUGCUGGCCCCCUUUUCUAGCUCGCACUCUGCUUCUUUAAUUGUAGCAGAAAGUACAGGAGGUCACAAGUGGUUAUAAUGGUGUGCCAUGCUUGUGUGACAGUGAAGUCAGUAGUCUCCUUGUGUGAAUGCGAUUCCUUACACUAUACCACCAAAUACCGAAAGCCCCAGUAACCGUAUGUAUAUGUAUAUAUUGUGUGUGUGUGUGUGUGUGUGUAUAUUGUAAGAGAAAAUGUGGAAUGGUUGUUGAGGGAAGAUAUAUUAGGCCUGCUUUACUAAACAGCAGCCUGAGGUUUCUCAAUUAAAUGUCCCAGGAAGAGAUAUUACUUUUGCAAGAUACAUUGCUGGUAAUCUGCAAACCACGGUAAGGGUCCCUGGGGCGAAGCAUUUGGAGAGCAGGGUGGGCCAGUGCUCCAAUAGCACUAGUUGCUAUAUAACAGCCAGACCAGGACUUGUAUAUACCUUAGGAGUUCCAGAGAUGUGAACUAAUUGAUACUCACCUGUAGCUGACCAAUUGGCAGGCAGGCUUUUAAAAGAAGGGAUCAGCCUGCUGCAGAGUGAGGGAGAAAGAGCCAGAGGAAUGGUGUGUCUUAGAUUUAUAGUUUUUGAUUGUAAAUUGGUAAGUGGGAAAGCCACCCAAUUCCAGAUAGCCAUUACCGUGUUUAGUAAGUGCUCAAACAAGAGCAAGGAGUUUUGUUUUUAUUUUGAAGCACCUGUAUAUGUUGCACUAAAUAAAUCGGGAAAAUUGAGCUGAAUGUGUCCUGGACUUUGAUUACGCUAAUCAAAAUCUGUGACAAAAUCCUACCUGUAAAAGAGGUGGUUUGUUACAGUGUGUAUGUAUGUAUAUACUGUAUGUACUCGAGUAUAAGUCGACCCGAAUAUAAGUCAAGACCCGUAAUUUUACCCCCCAAAAAUGGGAAAACGUAUUGACUUGAGUAUAAGACUAGGGUGGGAAAUGCAGCAGCUACUGGUAAAUUUCUAAAUAAAAUUAAAUCCCCAUAAAAUUAUAUUAAUUGAAUAUUUAUUUGCAGUGUGUGUAUGAAUACAGUGCAGUGUGUAUGAAUGCAGUGUGUGUGUGUAUGAGUGCAGUAUGUGUAUGUGAUGCAGAGCCUUGGUGGGAGGUGGGCAUUUUUUAUUUUAUUAUUAUUAUUAUUUUUAUUUUAAUGUUAUUAAAUUUUUCUUAUUUUAUUGUUAUUUAAAUUUUUAUUUAUAUUUUUUUGUCCCCCGUCCCUGCUUGUUAGAUGGGCUGUGUAGGAGGGGGUCUGGCAGAGAGCUGUAACUUACCUUUCCUGCAGCUCCUGUCAGCUCCCUUCUCUCCCCUCCGGUCCGGUCAGCUCCCUUCUCCACUGCAAGUCUCGCAGUGUGAGUGCCGCACUGAGCGUUGCCACGGUAACCCGCGGCUCUCGCAAGACAGGGGAGCUGACCGGGCCGGAGGAGAGAGAAGGGAGCUGCAGGAAAGGUAAGUUACAGCUCCCUGCCAGCCCCGAACAGGACCGCCGGGCUUGUAAUGAACCCGGCGGUUCUUGUCUGUAUUAUGGCAAUGUAAGUUGCCAUAAUACAGACAUUGACUCAAGUAUAAGUCGAGUUGGGGUUUUUCAGCACACACAAAAUUUGCUGAAAAACUCGACUUAUACUCGAGUAUAUAUGGUAUAUUAAUCCAAUGCUUGCACUCCAGUUUUAUAAUAGGAAAAAGCCUGGUGCUUGCCAGCAAAAUUAAUAUUAAUAUAUAUAUUCUAAUCUGUAUCUCAAAGAAAUAAACACAAAUAGAAAGUAUGAGGGAAAUGUGUAAUCUGGAUUAAUAGGAUUUGUUAUGUGUGAUUUUAUUUUUUAUUUGCAGAUUUAGUAGCCCUACCAGGAGAGAGGAGGCAGAUGAGAAACCCAACCGGCCUUCAAACCGUUACCAGGAAACAGACUCUAAUCCUCCACCUCGGUCUUACAGCAAUCGAAGUACACCUGGCUCUGGUAGAGCUCCCUCUUCAAGGACCAACCCCAGGCAAGGUGGAUACAAAGAGAGCCGUCCCAACUACCAGCAUGAAGAGGAAAAUGCUUCACACACACCUUCAGAGCGUAGACAAGAUUAUGGUGGUUACAGAACACGACAUAUAGAGCAUGUCCCACCGCAGCCUAGAGAGGCUUCUCCUGAAGCACCAGCUCCCACAAAAGCUGAACCAGUAGUGGAGAAACAGUUGGCAGAACCAUCACCACCUCCUGUGGAUCGACCAGUAGAGAAAAAGUCCUACUCUAGGGCACGGAGAAGUCGUAUUAAAGGGGGGGAAACAGGAAAAAGUAUGGAAGAAACGCUCCCUGAACUACCUCCUCCUCCACCACCAAUGCUCCCUGUGAUGGCUACAGAGAUCUCCCCUCCUGCCCCUGCUGUAAAAACUGCUGGCUGGGAGCAUCCUGUAGAGGGAGGGGUGCCUGGACUGGAUCAAGAAAUGUCACAGAUGAAUCUAUCCGAUCAGAACUGGAGCCAAGGACAAUCUCCAUAUAUUUCAAACCGCGGUAUGUUUAACUCCUUCCUGCAUAUCUUUAAUGGACUCUUUUGCAUGUAUCCUCACUGCUUCUACGUUUUUUUUAAUGUGUCAUUAUGUACACUUAGCACCCAACAUUCCUUUAUUAAAGGGACACUAUAGGCAGCCAGACCACUUCAUCCUAGUGAAGUGGUCUGGGUGCCAUGUGUUUCUCAUUUUAACCCCGCAAUGUAAAAUGGCAAUGUUUAUAUUUCAGGGUUUAAAUGCCUCUAGUGGCUGUCCUGCUGAAGAAUCUGUGCCUUCACUUGUUUAUAUUAAUCAGAUUGUCUCAUGGAGAUCAUCUGAUUGGCACAGCGUUUUGAUACAAGUGAGCAGUAGCCUUCGCUACUGGCUGAGAUAAUCAAGAUUGUUGAUUUUAGCCAAUGAAGCUGAGCCAGCUGUAGAGAGAGCACCUUCACGUGUGAUUAAAAGUAAUCUACAUUUGUAACCCUUGAAGAGUGGCAUGGUCAUCUAAAAGUUGACUGGGACACUAUAGUCUUACUUUAAGAGGAAGUGUAAAUCCUGGUGAAGAGGGAGUCCUUUGUUACAUUACGCUGGUACUACAGCAAUCUGUAUAUACGAAUAUAUGGAUUUUCAUUUUUUUAAAUUCUUUACUUAGUUCAUAGUCAGAUAUGCGAAACCUAAAUAAUCUAUAUGCAGAUAUGAAUAUGAAAGAUCAGAAAAUGCAUAAUAUCAAAAUAAGGGUAUUUUGUUUAAUUGUGUUUUUAAUAUAGUAAAUACUGGCUCUGUCUAAACAUAAAACACAUUUAAUUGGGGAUCCUGAAGGUGACCACUACAAAAUGCAAAAAUAUAAUUUGCAUAGUCCAGAACGACUUAUCGUAGUGUAUUAGAGGGGGACAGCUCCAUGAAUGCAUUCAUGUGUGAAAUAAAGGAAUCGGACCUGGGGUGGGAUGAUAUUAGCUUGGGAACUGGCUUGGCUGGGGCGUACCUAGUUCAACCUGUACAGGCUGUAGAAUCAUGGCUAGAUGGGCCGAAUGGUUCUUAUCUGCCGUCACAUUCUAUGUUUCUAUGGCAUUGAAGUAACAUAAGUAAAAAUAAACAGGAAAACGGAUCCUUCUCAUAUUAUUAGCUAAACUCAGGUGACCACCACACUUGGUGUUUUUUUUGUUUUUUUUAUUGUACAUUUAACACGUUUUUGUGUGUAUUUGGAGUGAACACAUCAGGUGAUAGUAGCACCAAUCGCAUUUUCCUUCACUAAUCCCUAUAUUUACUGUAUAUUUACCACACUUGUUGCGCCACCGGUCUCAGAAGUAAAUAUAAUCUUUUUAGCUUGUUCCCAGACGCUGGGAGUGGGUUGAGGUUGUUGACUGAGACCCACAGUGGACAAGACUGUGUCCAUCUCGGAGGCAUCGAUUACUUUAUGCUCGGUGUUGGUGAAUAAUUCUUUCCUUUUGACCUAUUUACUACCACGUGAAUAAAUAUCCGUUUUUAUGGAACCAUCAGAGAUUUCUGGGCGUCUCUUGCUGAAGCUACACUGCAUAAAUGGUGCUACUGUAAAAUCCCUGCUGGGGUACUGUAGAGUUGGCUCUUUAAUUUACUAAAGCAAAGCCAACACGUGUUAAUCUUCAUUAUUUUGUAUUCCCAUAUAGAAGUCCUCCAUGAUAUCUAUCCUCUAAUGCAUUAAUAAUGUAGCAGAACCUCUUGUGUACUGUUAACAUUGCCAGUUCGUUACAACCUGGCCUUCUGUAUCUCUGUAUGUCCUUAAUGUUAGGCCUAUCUAGUAGCAUAGCCCAAACAUUUUGAGCCUGAUCUGUGUGUGUGUAUUAUUAUAACUUUUAUUUUUUGUCUAAAAUACAGUAUGUGACAAUAUGCCAUACUUCUGAAAAAUUCUGAUUUUAGGCCCAUGUAAAAUUGGUUCAUUCAAGAAUUUCAGGGCUUUUCAGCCCAUAUGCAGGUGCUUCAGUAGGUCAUCCAUAGCCCAGCCCCAAGCCCCCAUUAUUAUCCAUUCUGACAUCGGUGUGCUGAUGAUGCCACUGUAUUGGUGUUUUGAAAGAUUUUUGGUUUACCUGGAGAAAUGGUUUCAAAUUGGCCUUUCACGCUGCAGGUGGGGCAGGACCUGAGUGUCAGGGUUAUGUUGGUGUGUAACACCAUGGACCUUUUGUCAUACUGGUACAUUGAAAAUGAGAUAAAUUAGACCAUAACAGGUCCUAAAGCAUUUAAAUAAUUGUAUCUUUAUGAUAAAUUAUAUAUUGCAUUAGCAAUGUUUAUCCAUUUAGGUGAACCUGUCAUGACAAGCAUUGGCCUACCAAUGUUAAAAAACAAAAUCAAACCAAACUGAUUUUGUUUCAGCAUGUUCAGUGUUAGAAGAUCUGUAAUUUUAAACACAUUCACCAGGUCAGCCACUGUAGAUUAAAGCAUGUAAUUAUUUUAUUGUGUAGUUAAUAAUGCCACUAGUAACAAUCCCUUGAUGCUACAAUCUCUGUGAUGGCAUUCACCCUAUGGGUGCUGUGUCCUUUUCCACAAUCUAAUGUGCAUGUGGUCUGUAGAUAAUCACAAAUGGAACAAAACUGUUUUGUUAGCUCCCAGUGUUGGGUGAGAAAUAUUAGCACUGCAAUGCCUAAGUCUUUAAAACGUGUUUUAAAAAAUAAAUAAAAAAAUACAAUGUUCUUUCUUUUAGGUAUUCCUAACCAUAUGCACAUGGCAGGAGGCCCACCGCAGUAUAGCCGCAUGGAAGGCAUGGUGAGUUUGGGUUGGCAAUGUGAGGGGAAGUGGAGCACGGUCACCCAUCCUGCGGAAUGAUGUAUAGUGCCAACGUUAGUGGGUUGAUUUGUGUUUCCGUUAACACUGUAAUGUUUCUUCUGUAUUCCUCUAUGAGCAGCACUUACACGUGAUAUGCACCAUGAAUUAAAGGGACACUCUAGUCACCCAGACCACUUCAGCUCAAUGAAGUGGUCUGGGUGCAAUUUCCCUCAGGUUUUAACCCUUCAGAUGCAAACAUAGCGGUUUCAGAGAAUCUGCUAUGUUUACAUUUGGGGUUAGGCCAGCCUCUAGUGGCUGUCUUCCGGACAGCCACUAGAGGCGUAUCUGCAACGCUGGAGGCAUAUUAUGUUUCCAUUGCGCAGAGCGUACAUAGGAAAGCAUUGAAAAAUGCUUUUUCUUGUUGACAGCUUGAAUGCGCGUGCGGCAGUUGCCGCGCAUGCGCAUUCGGCUCCGCUGACGGUGGGGGAGGAGAGGUAACCAGCGCUGAGGGAGCCCGGCGCUGGAAUAAGGUAAGCUGCUGAAGGGGUUUUAACGUGCCAACGAGGGGAACACUGAGGGUGGGGGCACCCUCAAGGCACUAUAGUGUCAGGAACACUGCUUUGUUUUCCUGGCACUAUAGUGAUCCUUUAAUGUCUCUGUUAUUCACUAAAGCGAGAUUUGUCAUGAAUGUAAAGUAAAAUUAAAAUUUAAGGCCAAAAUAGCUUAACUGGAAUCUUUGCGGAUUUGGAACAUUUUUCCAGUUCAGAUUUUUGACUUGAAAAUUCACUGAACAUGGCCUAAUGUUGCACAUUGAAUUCCCAACAAUUCUCAUUAAUGAAAAACCAUGUAGGGCUUUAGGCAUUCAACUUUUAACUACUGUGCUGCUAACUGAUUGUUUUUUUUUUUUUUUGUCUGUUUGUUUUUAAAUUAUACAAAAUAUUGAAAACUGUUUUCCAAAAGCAAAACAUAGAGGGUUAUAUAUAAAGAACAUUUCCGGGGAAAAAUAUUCUGUGAAAGUAGUGCAGUCACUAUGAAAAUCCAUGGAAUGUUCCUUAUGGCUUCUCCGUUUUUUGAACCCAGCCCCAGAAUACGUAACCUUAUGUUCUCCAAUGUCUUUAGUUAGAAGCAGAGUGCACGCCAGUGCUUGCAUGAUUUCUCUUAAAAAAAUGAGAACCUAUAUAUAUCAAUAACAAUGGGUAUAUUGCAAUUUUCGUUUCUAAUAAUGCAUUUCUAUUACAGACGGUCCAGAGCGGACGUGUUAAGAGGUAUUCUUCUCAACGGCAGAGGUCUGUACCAGACCCAGCACCCAUUCACCUUGGAAUCAUGGAGGGGCAUUACUAUGACCCAAGUAAGAACAACUUUAAAAUUGUACAGUGCACAGGAUGUAUAGAUGCAGCAUACCCAUAAGCCUGUCAAUAGGAUAAUUUGUAUUGAUCUACUCUGUUUUUUAUUUUAUUUUCUUUAAUGUGCAUACAUCUUAUUUAUUGCAGUUCAGUACCAGGGACCAAUAUAUGCUCACGGUGACAACCCAUCUUCCUUGCCCCCUCAGGGUAUGAUUGUACAGCCAGAAAUGCAUCUGCCCCACCCAGGUAUGUGUGUUUUUAAUGGAAAUACCUUUUAAUACUAAUCCGUUGAUUGCUUUGCUGCCUUUUAAGAUUGAAUUGCCAUGUUGAUGAAAACAAGUUAGGGACAAACAGUAGAGCUCCAAGCAUGGAUUAGUGAAUAUCCUUUCAUUUUCUGCUGUUCUCUAAAUACUUUGGUGUUUACAAUGGAAGUUGUAUCGGAUCCUUAUUUUAUAAUUAAUGGUAUCUGUCUGCUGUUGACUAGCUUAAUGAGCUCCAGUUUACGUUGGUAUGCUAGAUAAAACUUGCAGGUUUGUAGAACAGUUGACGUAUGUCUACAUUUUAGGAUUGGUUGGUGGAGGAAUGAAAAUGGCAAAUGAUUAUUGAAAUGUCUGUUUUGGUGAGGGAUGAAAAAAAUAACAAAUGCUUAAUAUCAAAAACCCACUAAAAUUGAGAGCCACCGUUUGCCUUCUAGAUCGCUUAGAUCCUUCUUGAGUGUUGUCAUCCAAGUCCUAAACAUUGUGCGGUGGGUUAAUGCAGCAUUCUUUAAUAGGUUCUAAAGGGAUUUUCACCCUUUUCUGUUCUGCUCCCCUAAAUAUCCAAUAUUCAGAUUGAGUGUUUGCUGAGGCCACUGCAAUAAAAGGAAUGCCCUAGGGUGGAUUUGCCACGUGUUUUCUGUUAUAGAUAAUCUAUUGAACAAAAAAUGCAGCUGCCAUUUUUGGUGCUAAAAGAAGGCAUUUUCCAUUAGAAGAGUUACUUGAAGCACCAUUGAAGUGGUCAUGGUGCCUGGAGUUUGUGUAGCUUAUCACUUUACGAACAGUUUUGCUAUGGACUUACUGAACUGAUGCCCCUCCAGCAGCAUCAUUGGAGUGUCAUUAGUCAGCUAGAGACAAGAGGUCCUGCUGGCUAACCUCAAUUCUCUUCAUAUUCGGCAUCAGCAUGCAAGUCCCCUCUUUCAUAGCAACCAUGUCCUCCGCUUGGCAACCUUACCUCUGUGCUGGAACGAAAAGAGGUAACGUGGUUUUUGUGUGUGUGGUUUUUUUUGUUUUUUGUUGUUGUUGUUGUUGUAGCGAGAGUGUGAUGACGGACCAUGCUAAAGAACGGUCACUCAAACUAAAAACCAAUGUCCCUGUGUUUUCUGUUUGUUUUUUGGUUAGAGUAGCACUUUAAGUGAUCUUUCAAAUUUCCAUAACCAAUCUGUGUUUUCUCAUGUCUAUAAACUGUUUUUGGUUUUCAUUGUCUUUAAUUCAGUCUAUUUGUUUAUUUCAGGAAUGCACCCACACCAAUCACCUGCUCCCAUGACUACCCCAAACCUUUACCCUUCACCAGUUUCCCUCCCUCCAAAUCAACCACCCCCUCAACAGCUGCUGCCUCCUCCAUACUUCACUACACCUACUGGAGUGAUGAAUUUUGGAAAUCCAGGCUAUCCUUACAACCCUGGUGCCCUUCCCCCUCCACCCCCACCUCAUAUAUACCCCAAUGCACAGGUAAGUACACUCUGAUGCCAUAACUGUAGUGGUUGUAGUGCUAAGAAGGGUCCGGGAAAUGUUAUCUUUUACUAGUGAUCUUUAGUGAUAAUCUCUCGUAAAAUCUAGGGCAGUGGGAACGGAAAUAUGUUAGUGGCACUUUCUGCCCUUUGCCUACAAGUCUUCUUAUUAAAUAUUUGUGUGUGGGAGGAACCUGCUGGAUGUGUGUAACCUUUGUACUUUCUUUGCUUAGCAGUCCUGAUAAGAUUGUUUUCUUUUCUCAUUUACCUUGACAGGCCCAGUCCCAGGUAUAUGGGGGAGUCACCUACUAUAACCCUGUACAGCAGCAAGUACAGCAGAAGCCUUCACCUCCCAGACGUACUUCACAGCCAGUAACUAUAAAGCCACCCCCUCCAGAGGUAAGGCUGCCAUAUGGGGAGCAUUGUAAAGUUGUUGUUUUUUUUAAUUAAGGCUACAUCAUAAUUGGCCAUAGAGUUUACUGCUCAGAUUUUGGUAAUAAGCAGUUAACUUCCACCUGAUUGUUGCUGCCCAUGUUUAAUUCCACCUGACUUUAGAUGGCACCAUUGUAUAUGUUACAGAUUUAUAUCAAACUUAUUCUACUCCCUUUAUUUCAUCUGGACUAUGGUUCCAGUAAGUGUUGGAUAAUUAGACUCUAUGCCAGCAGAAUUGCAGGAGCAUAUGAUUUAGCAGUGAUGCCUUAAUAAAGUAUCAGCUGGAAGGUUGAAUACCGUAGUUUUUCCUUACAAUACUGUAAUAAAGGAGAUAAAGGAUGAUUUUAUUCCAUCUUGGCUAUUUACGACCCUUUUUGUUCUAUUUUCUUGUCAGGAAAUUAAUCACCAAUAGAUUGCCAUUGUGUUUUUUUUUGCACAAUGCGUAAGAGCAUUGGUGAUUCCCUACAUUUUUCAUUUAAAAUUUCAUUGGGACACUAUGUAUUGGUAUAGCAUAUUUUCUUACGGAUUGAUAUUGAUCUGUUUAAUAUUGCACUUCUCACUAAGUAAUGUUACAAUCUUAACGACUGUAGAGUUCUCCGUGCCAAUUUUAAUCUAUCCAACCCAAUUUUUCUUACAGGAAAACAGACAUAUGAAAACAAUAGAGAAAAGCAAUUCAUAA